AAUUUUGAAUUACUUAAUUCAUCUGUAUUUCAUUGCAAACUUCCAGCAUGCCAUUGCUGCAUCUUUGCAUAAUAAACGCUCCCUGUUACUUGUUGAUUUAGUAACAAGAGAUACGUGUAACCAAAAUCAAGGGCGUUUAUAUCAAAAUAUUUCAUGUGUGAUGGAAACUAGAAUCCAAAGAUCAUACUCGCGCAUUCCAAAAAUAACGUAAAACAUUCAUGUGUUAUGGAUCUAUAAUAUAAACAAUUGAAACCGGGAAUCCUAUCAAUACUAUAGAAUAUAAUAUAUAAAAGUUUUGAAUGCGUCUAAAAAGCUCUGUGUGUUGGAAAGUGAUGCGGUGCGCAGCAGCUGGCGAGUUGGAGCAGGCCAAAACGCUGCCUGUCACCCGCCACCGGAGACGUCGCCGGUUUGGUCUCUUCGUCUGGCUUUCGUCACUCUCCUUGCCUUCUUCCUCUAAAUGCGACGAUGCUUCUCAUCCGGUCUCUUCCGUUCUCGCGCCGCCGCCCUCCGGCGGCGUAUACCUCCUCUUCCUUUUCCACCACCUCCGCCGCCGCCGUGGCGGCGGAGCGAAUGAUCCGGGAAGGGCCGAGGAACGAUUGGACCGGAGAGGAGAUCAAAUCCAUCUACGACUCUCCCCUCCUCGAUCUCCUCUUCCUCCGCGCUCAAGUCCAUAGGCAUGUUCACAAGUUCAGGGAGUGUACGCAGUGUUCUCUUGUUUCCAUAAAGACUGGUGGGUGUGGUGAAGAUUGUACGUGUCCACAAUCCUUGAGGUGUGACACUGGAUUGAAAGCUCAAAAGCUGAUGAACAAGGAUGCUGUCCUGCAGGCAGCAAAGAAG